AUGCCUUCUAGAACGAGAACUCCAUUACCGCCCACAGAUCCUUCGACGCCGACACCUCGACCUGUAGAUUCUGUGAAUGCAUCUCCAGAUGCAGGAAGACCACUAAAUGUAACGGAUGCGUUGAGCUAUUUGGAUGCGGUGAAGAACCAGUUCCAGGAUCGGCCGGAAGUUUAUAACAAGUUUCUGGAUAUUAUGAAGGACUUUAAGAGCCAACAGAUUGAUACUCCGGGUGUAAUCCAGCGUGUUUCCAAACUUUUUCACGGAAAUCCGCCCCUCAUACAAGGUUUCAACACCUUCCUCCCAGCCGGCUACCGAAUCGACAUCAAUACCGACCCCACCGACCCUCAUAGUAUCAUUGUAACAACGCCUCUGGGCACCACAACACAAAGUACCAUCCACAUGAAUAGCUCAAGCCAAACCCAAACCCAAACGAGACAUAGAGCAGAUAUACCAGGUUUCGGACCGAAUUUGGCCCAGUCAUUUACAUAUAGCGGAAUGCCUGCGCCUACGCCAGUUACGAAUACUUUAUCCCCGUUGGGUGCUGGGGUGAACGUUGGGUCGAGGAGUUUGACACCGCAACAACCAUUUCAUAUAGGUGUCGGUGGACACGUUAUACCCGGUGCACCUUACGAACAGGCCUUCUCUCCUGGUUUUGGACAGAAUCCUCAGACGACGGCCGCCGCAUCUUUCUUGGGUGGGCUCAGCAAACCACAGAACCCGAAUCAAAUGGAAGCAACGCCGCAACAAACGACAGGAGAGUUUAAUCAUGCGAUACAGUAUCUGAACAAGAUCAAAGCUCGGUUUUCGGACGACACGAACACGUAUAAGCAGUUUUUGGAUAUAUUGCAGGCGUAUCAAAAAGAGCAGAAGCAUCUACAGGAUUCUCAAGUAUACGUUCAAGUUCAGAACCUGUUCAAAGAUGCACCCGACUUGUUGGCAGAGUUCAUGGAUUUUCUACCGGAUGUUAUGGGAGGUGCUGCUGGUAUACCGUCAAAUUUAGGGUGGCCAGGACAACUAGAGAGUUCGGUUCCAGGAUCUCCUCCUAAGAAAGGUUCUGCAUCCCAGCCCCAGUCAGUGUCUCAAGCGACUGCUGCAAAGAGAAAGAAGAGGUCCGAGAAAGAGGGAACACCGGUGCCGAUGAGCGUAAACUCUAAUGUGCAAAAGACAGUCGUGAAUCCAAGGAGCAAGCGCACCAAAACGACACAUCAUAAAGGAGAACCUGGUUCUCCCAUAUUUUCCUCACCUUAUCCUCCUGGUCCGCCUUCGCCUCAGUCGGUCCAUCCUCAAGUAGCUCCGAUAUCUCAACAGCUUCCUCCUGGUGUUCCUCCUUCCACCUCUCUCAAUCCCAAUCUCAAUGCUUUACAUGCUAAUCCAAACACGGACAAAUUGCUGUUCUUCGACCGAGCGAAAAAGUCGCUAGAAAACCGUGAAAUCUACGAAGAGUUCCUUAAACUACUGAGUCUAUUCUCCAAAGACAUCAUCGACGUUCAAUUACUUCUCAAGCAAUCACAGGUCUUUUUGGGAGAGGAUACUGAGUUGAUGGAGGGUUUCAAGGAGCUGGUAUUUGGACCUGGGACUGGGUUCGGAUAUGUAUAUGAUUCGAGUUUGACAACGAAAAGAGAUGGGUCUGGUGGAGUGGAAGCGGGGAUGGGUCCACCGGGGAGUAUCAGGACGGGGCCUCCUGAGGCGCUGAUGGCACAACCGGUAGACGACGGGCAAGGGCCUAGUUAUCGAAAACUACCAUUCAGUGAGAUCCGCCUCGCCUGUUCAGGACGCGACCAACUCUGCCGUUCUGUCCUCAACGACGAAUGGGUCUCCCACCCUACGUGGGCAUCCGAAGAAGCUGGGUUCCUGACACACAAGAAAAACUCGUUCGAGGAAGCGCUACAUAAAAGCGAGGAGGAGCGACACGAGUAUCACGUCCAUCUCGAAGCUUUGUCGCGAACGAUCUCCGUCCUUGAACCGAUCUGCGCCAGAAUUGAAGAGAUGUCGUCCGAAGACCGCGCUGCAUUUAAAUUGAAAUCCGACUUUGGUGGGACGGGAAAAGCUAUCUAUCAUCGGAUUAUCAAGAAGAUUUAUGGACGAGAUAGUGGGCUUGAGGUUAUUCAAGCUAUGCAGGAUAUUCCCAGCGUUGCCGUUCCCGUUGUUUUGGCGCGGUUGAAACAAAAGGAUGAAGAAUGGCGACGUGCGCAUAGGGAGUGGAGUCGAACGUGGAGAGAGGUAGAUUCGAAGAAUUUCUACAAGAGUUUGGAUCACCAGGGGUUAACAUUCAAAGCUAACGAUAAGAAGAAUAUAACGGCCAAGUCAUUUGUGGCGGAUAUAGAGCGGAUUUUGGAGAAACAAGAGAAGGAAAGGGAUCGAGAGUUGAAGGAGAAGGAGAGGACAAGGGUGAAUGGGAAGGGGAAAGAGAAGGAAGAGACCACCACAAACAGGACACAUUGGCGUUCAGUGGGCGCACAACUGGAAUACGAGUUUGAGGAUACGUCGGUUGUACAGGGCUCACUCAAACUUGUCGAUUCGUUUUUGAACCAUUCCCAAGCUCAGUACUCGCCGCAGGAACGUAAAGGCGUCGAGAAGUUCUUGCGUGCGUUCGUUCUCAUCAUGUUUUCACACCCGGUCGGGGAGUUUACGUCUGUGGAGGAAGAUUCGGACGGACUUGGAGGUGGGAGUGGGAGGCGAUCUGUGGCUUCCCCCUAUUCUGCGCAUACGAGUGGAGUAGCUGCAGGGGACUUAAGAAAGAAGCUUUUGAAAACCGCGAGAGAGAAAGCUACAGCCAACGUAGGACGUGAUGCCGGCAGUCGUCGAGGGUCAGCUGCACCUGGAUCUGCUAGUGGCUCUCGAGCUGCUUCGCCUCCACCCGCUGAAAGACGAGAUUCUCCGGCCAUAUCCGUAUCCCGGCAAGAAGAAGAACCUAACGAUGUAUGGACACGGGAGACGACCACUACGCACGGAUCAUCGAACAUCACAGAAGACUCUCAUGGCGGGAAGAAGUCUUUUUUCGUCAACACUACUUUCUAUACACUGCUUCGCCUACUUCAGGUAAGAUUUGCAAAGGUCCGUUGUUUGCUUCAAAAACAGCUGAAAGAACUGCAGUUGUUGUAUUCUCGCCUUCUGAUGUGUAAGGAAAUCGGAGCCCGACUGGCGUCUGAGAAGCAUUCCCUUCUACUGGCUAAUCCUGUUGCGGUUGAGCUUGGGUUAGAUGAUCCCAAUGGACCGGCGACUGUGCUUGGCCAGACUACGAAGGGGAGUGGAGAUGCCAAUGUGGUGUAUUUGUACGUCUUGAACGCAUGUGAGAAGAUGUUCGCUGGUGACCUCGACCAGAGUUCAUUUGAGGAACACAUGAGGUGGUUCUUCGGUAGCAAGGCCUAUCAUCUGUUUACGUUGGACAGACUGAUUAUUGCAUUGGUGAAGCAGGUGCAGACGAUUAUAUCUGAUGCAAAAGGACAAGAACUGUGGUCGUUACUCCAGAGUGCUCACAACUCGGAGACCCUGACGAACCAGGAUCUAAUCAGAUAUCGACGGGAAGCGGAACGGCAUGUUGGACAGGACGAUCACUUGUAUCGUAUUCAGUGGGUGCGGGAAAGCCAAAGGAUGCGGUUAUAUCUGAUGCGACCGGAAGAUCCCAGCGUAGACGGGGUUGGAACGAGGCAUGCGCGCUGGCGUGAAUACGUAGAUACGUAUGUCAUGGUGCACCCGACAGAAUGGAUUGGGACAGGCCUCCGUACAGGCAAUGUAUUUUUGAAACGAACGCGACAGCAGGUGAGAGUGGGACAGGAAAGUACCGGUAUCAGUAUCAGAGUCAGUCUUCCAUCGUACAAGAUAGUGUACGAUGCAGGUGGGGAAGAUGUCCUAACACGGGCACAGCCAGUUCGGGAACCGUGGGAGGUAGAGCGAGCACGGCUGAGGGAGGAGGAACGGAAAAGGAGAUUCAGAUUAUUGUUUACGUAG